AUGAGCGAGUCUGACGACGCUGACGUCUGUCGCUGCGUGCUGGCUUUGACUGCUGUCCUGUAUCGACCUGUCACAGUCGCUGAGCUGGUUCUACUCACUGAACAGCUUGCAAACUUUGCUGAUGAGUCUGUGCGGGAGAUCAUCAGUCUCUGCGGAUCGUUCCUGACGCUGCGCGACGACACAGUCUACUUUGUGCAUCAGUCAGCUAAGGACUUCCUCGUCACGAACGCGUCGGACAAGGUCUUUCCAGACGGUAUAGAACAUGUGCAUCAAGACAUUUUUGCGAAGUCACUUGCUGUCCUACACAAGACACUGCGCAGAGAUAUAUACAACCUUCAAGCUCCUGGGUAUCCUAUACAAGAUAUCAAGCCGCCUGUUCCUAAUCCUCUAGAUCCGUUGUUCUACUCAUGUGUGUACUGGGUUGACCACUUCUGCGACUCAAAACACAAAACACUAUCACAUAGUGCUACUACUCAAGAAAACACUAAGGCUAUCGAUACAUUUCUUAGGCAGAGAUAUCUCUACUGGCUAGAAGCGCUCAGCUUAUACAGAAGCAUGGCCAAAGGGGUAGUGUCGAUGACAAGGCUAUGGGAUCUAGUCCAGGUAUGGCUAAUACGACUACAUCUAUAUACGACCUUCACGGUGUAG